AUGGCCGCGCCGCCGCCCAAGCAGGAGGAGCUGCAGCCGCACGCCGUCCGGGACCAGCUGCCGGCCGUCUCCUACUGCCUUACCAGCCCGCCCCCAUGGCCGGAGGCCAUCCUGCUGGGCUUCCAGCACUACCUCGUCAUGCUCGGCACCACCGUCAUCAUCCCCACCGCGCUCGUCCCGCAGAUGGGCGGCGGCAACGAGGAGAAGGCGCGGGUGGUGCAGACGCUGCUCUUCGUCGCCGGGAUCAACACGCUGCUGCAGAGCUUCCUUGGCACGCGCCUCCCCGCCGUCAUCGGGGGCUCCUACACCUUCGUCGCGCCCACCAUCUCCAUCGUCCUCGCCGCCCGCUACAGCGGCAUCGCCGACCCGCACGAGAAGUUCCUCCGCACCAUGCGCGGCACGCAGGGCGCGCUCAUCGUCGCCUCCACGCUCCAGAUCAUCAUGGGCUUCAGCGGCCUCUGGCGCAUUGUCGUCAGGCUGCUGAGCCCGCUGUCGGCGGCGCCCCUCGUCGCGCUCGUCGGGUUCGGCCUCUACGAGCUUGGAUUCCCAAGUGUUGCGAAAUGCAUCGAGAUCGGUCUUCCAGAGAUCAUACUGCUGGUGGCUCUUUCCCAGUACGUACCUCAUCUGGUGCCUUUGCUGGGGACUGCAUUCGAGCGGUUCGCCGUCAUAAUGUCGGUGGCCAUCGUGUGGCUUUACGCCUUCUUCCUCACCGUCGGUGGGGCGUACAAGAAUGCUGCUCCAAAAACCCAAUUCCACUGCCGCACUGAUCGAUCUGGCCUAGUUGGGGGUGCUCCCUGGAUAACUGUGCCAUACCCAUUCCAGUGGGGAGCACCGACUUUUGAUGCUGGUGAAUGCUUUGCCAUGAUGGCAGCUGCUUUUGUUGCUCUUGUGGAGUCUACUGGUGCUUUCAUUGCGGUUUCACGGUACGCCAGUGCAACGCCAUGCCCUCCUUCUGUUAUGAGUCGCGGCAUCGGUUGGCAGGUAGGGGUUGGCAUUUUGCUGGCCGGCUUAUUUGGAACGGCUAAUGGGUGCUCUGUAUCUGUGGAAAAUGCUGGGCUGCUAGGUUUGACACGUGUUGGCAGCCGGCGUGUGGUGCAGAUUUCCGCUGGGUUUAUGCUAUUCUUCUCUAUUCUCGGGAAAUUUGGAGCUGUUUUCGCAUCAAUUCCGGGCCCAAUAAUCGCAGCCAUAUACUGUCUUCUCUUUGCAUAUGUUGGUAUGGCAGGGGUCGGGUUCCUUCAGUUUUGCAACCUCAACAGCUUCCGAACAAAAUUCAUCCUGGGAUUCUCCUUGUUCAUGGGUAUAUCGGUUCCACAGUAUUUCAAUGAGUACACCUCUGUUGCAGGCUUUGGCCCGGUACACACGCACGCAAGAUGGUUCAACGACAUGAUCAACGUGGUGUUCUCGUCGAAAGCGUUUGUCGGAGGCGCCACCGCCCUUCUCCUGGACAGCACCCUGCACAGGCACGACAGCACCGCCAGGAAGGACCGGGGCCACCAUUUCUGGGACAGGUUCAGGUCUUUCAAGACAGACCCGAGAAGCGAGGAGUUCUACUCCCUGCCCUUCAACCUCAACAAGUUCUUCCCGUCCUUCUGA